CGCGCGCGGGGCUCGGUUGGAAAAAGACGGCGGGCCGGGUCCACGGAGAGGGUGACACGACGCCGGAGGGGUUCAGUCUGUGUUCGCCCAUCAGAGACACAUCAUCAGUCACUAUACAGUGUCCGGUGCACGUAUCACGCCGCGAGGGUAGUUUGCCUGCCUCCCUAAACGACCAGGUGUCCUGUUGGGCUACCAUCGGCCUCUGAUCGACCGAUCGAACUUGACAGUGCCACGGACGCACCGGACUGCGGAGCCAGUCGAUUGGUUCGCGCGUCACGGAAGUUGUGAGGGUUUCGUUCAGUUUUGCGCGGGGAACCGGGGUCUCGAUGAUUUUCACGUAGAACAGGUGUUUCUUGAGGAUCGUUGGGAUUUGGAGUGUUUCGGGCCUGAUGCCACGUGAGUUUGCGACUGGUCCCUUUUUGGGACUUACAGUGAUAUCUAUGUCUGGACUCGGUGUAUGUUAGUUAAACUUUGAGUACACUUGGAUUCGCGCUGAAUAAGGUGACUCUGGGAGAAGGAAUUACCGUGGAAGCUGACGGACAUUGCGAAAAUGAAGUGCGACAUUGCGGAGCUGAAGACCAUUUGAUCGUUGAGGGACAAUAUUAAACGAAAGUGACAUUUUAUUUAUAGUUUGAAAUACCUGAUUUGCGAGUUGUAAGCUGAUAGUGUGUCGUGUUGUCAUCUUCAUCGGAAAGCUAGGAGCUUGGAGUUUGUUGCGCUUGGGCCAGUGUCGAACGUGAUCCUUAGUGAACCGAUAGACUGUCACUAUCGGAAUCAUACAGUGAUUCGAGUCAUUGCUACGAACACCAGGAUAAUUUCCUGUCAAGAAAAUAAACAACCGCUCAACUAUAGAUCCCAGUAUUCACCGGCUACCCCUGUGAAAUAAUCUCCGGUACCGUAUCACCGUAAGCUUCCGAGUUCACUGAUCGAAGCGGAAAUAUUAUCGCGGUCCGAACGCUUGAGAAACAAAGAUUUCAGGCAGAUCGUUCGAAGGAUUUCAAAUCCUUAGGAGGUGGUGAGGUAUUUUAAGUUACACGAAUUUCGAGUGAUCAAGUUGUUCGUUGGUGAAUCGCUCGCGGCGAGGAUGCGCGAUUCAGCUUGACGGGACUCGAGUGACGGAUUCUGGUGGUACGCGAUUUGAAGGAAAAUCGAGCGGGGUCUAGAAUAGUUUCGAGCGGAGGGUUGUGAGCCGAGAAGAAGGCGACAGAGAGGCGGAGAGUGGACAGAGAGUGGAAACGAGAAAUAGUGUAGUAACGGGUGGUGCGACGUUCGGGUACGCAAGUCGGCAGGCCGGCUCUGGGGUGCCGGGCCCGGGCGGGGUGAUGAGCUGUUCCGAGGUGAUGUAUCAAUAUUAUCCUUACCUCUAUCAGAGGCCACCGCCGCCGCCGCACCCGACCCACCCACAUGCGGCCCCGCACACCCAUCCCCACGCAAAUCCGCAUGCGGCCCACCACAGCCCGGCCAGGCCGGCGCCUUUUCAAUCCUUCUCGGCGGCCACGGCGACGCAUCAAUACGACAGGUUGAACGUGCACCAAAGAUCGCUAGAGGCGGCGGGUCUCGAAAUUUGCGGUGCUAGCGGUAGUGUCCCGCAAGGACAGCCUAGUAGCGCCGGCUCUGUCGGUUCAGCGCCGAGUCCAGCGUCGCCGAGACCAACCCCGCAACCGCGGCCACCCCUUGCGACCACCACUUCUCAACCCACCAGAACGUUAGACGACGAUAGAUCGACGGACGCCGUAGGUGCUGGCACUGCCGCGGAAGACUCGGACGACGGUGAGAGUAGAGCGCAAUAUGUAAACCCAAAUUGCGUGGUCUUCACCAACUACCGAGGGGACGCUGCGUCCGAGGUGGAGGAACACUUUCAAAGGGCACUAGCACAUGACAAACUGAAGGAAAACAUCUCUCCCAUGUCUAUGAGGAAUUUCCCGGCUUCCUUCUGGGACAGUCAACACCCUGGCCAAGGCUAUGAGUAUCCAACGGAUCCAUGGCACCCUCAUUACCCGCAAUAUCACCAUAGGGCUGUGCACGAGUAUCACCACCAUAAUAUGGCGGCCGUGACGGGUUACGGUGGCCUGUUGUUGAGUGGUGCAAGAGGACUCGGCCACCAUACGUCCCACCAUGCGGCGCACCACGCGCACGCCGCGGCCUCCUACAAGGACUGGACGUCGGCGACGCCGUCGCAGUCACUCGUCGACGCUUCGUCCGCACCCCCUUACCCCCACGGCCCGUAUGCACCCCUUUCUGGUCUCGAGUCCCAGGUGCAGGACUCGAAAGAUCUCUACUGGUUCUAGAAGCGAGUUUUUGAGUCUCGUGGGCCGAACUAGUUUCGCGGGGAACGCGGCGAACACGGGCUCGAAAGCGCAGAACGGCAGCAGACGCAGCAAACGAGCGGUCGGUCGCUCUUUUGCUGCGAGGCUGAGCGCGCCAUCAUCAUCGGGUGACUUGAUCGGGAAACGAGGAGGGUCCGCGGAACACCGACGCGGAACGCAGCGACAAAAUGGCGAGGCGCUUCCUCACCGGAACGGACACCGUGGAACGGAGACGACGAGGGUGUACUACUUUUACUUAUACUUUAAACCGACGAUGCAAAGUGAUAUUAGCGUGCUAGGGUGGUCCCGUUCGGUCGGGC